AUGGCUUCCUUGCUCGCUCAGUCCCAGCUGUCGAAGACUCUGAGUCUCAAUGCACCCGGUGUUGUCGAUGACAGUCAAAGAUUAAUCCCUACCACGAUGCCGAAUCCCCCACCGCAGCAGCCUUUCCCAGCAUACUCUCUCGGAUAUGACCCAACCACAGACGUCAGAUACGUUUCGCAGGCAAUCCCACCACAGCCCGUCAAUGGACAGCAUUCACCUCACCCAUUUCACAUGCUCUCAGAGGACAAUUUGCAUCCAGUCCUAUUUCAGAUGGAACCAUACCCCAGUGUGUUGAACGGCGUCGAUGCUCCUCUGCUUGUGAACCAAGCCACCGGCCAAGUCGAACAAGGCAAUGGGGGAAGACGGCUGAGGUACUUCAGCCACUUGCCAAGGUGGAUAGCGCCCAAUGUGUCUGGGAUGCUAAUGGAGUUGUGGCUUCGCCUUGACCCGCGAGUGGACAUGAGCGAUAUCAUGGCUCGUGUUUACCAGCUGGCUGGCACGAGGACGCCGCAAGGCAACACUUUUAAUAUGCGACGCCUGCGGUUCCGAGAAUACAUCUGGGCUCCGCCAUUCACCUCAACCCGCCAGCAUCCCACUGCGUGGGAAGUCGACUUGAUUUCCAAGAGGACUCGUGAACAAUUGUUGCUCAACACGUGCAUGGUGGUGGACCUCCCGAACAACCGCCUUCUCAAGCCUGUCCUCGGCAACGACAAAUCCAUCCGUGGAUAUGUCGACAGCGGUCUGCCAAUUGACCACUUCUUGGGCGGUUAUGUCGCGCCCGUGCCCCUCCCAUCCGACCACCAGAUGUUGGUCCUCGAACUUCGCAAGCGGAUGCAGACUCUGGCGCUGCGGCGCGGGCUCGGCAAUGGUCCAGAGGACUAUCGCCGAGUCCCGAAAGAUCUGCAUCCUGCUUGGUGGCACAAGGGGGUGGCGAGAGACACAAUCAUUUCGGACGUUGACAACAAGAGUCACGACGAAUGGAUUGCGGAGAAGCUGGGGGAAUACCCCGGGUUGACAAGGCCUGGUGCCCAGCGCACCAGGGCGCGGAGGGGCGCUCAUACCAGCGCCCUUCCGCCCCAAACCCGGCCUCAGCUUCCUCUGCCUGCAACGGCUGCGUCGACCUCGGUGUCGAACCAGCAGGCUCCGUCUCCACCCCCGUCACCGACGGACCCGCGUCUGGCGGGCACAGGGGCGGGUGCAUUGGGAGUGGCGUCCGUUACGCCGCUGCAUUUCAGCAACGCCCAAGGUGGCACCUCCUACUAUGUGGAGGAUGUUCACCGGCGUGAAUAUGCGGCGGCGGAGGCAGCCCGCGCUCAACUUUGA